CCAUUAGAAUGAAAGCUCCCUGAGGCAGUGACUUCUGACUGUUUUAUGCACUACAAAAUUCCAAGCCCCAAGAUGAAUGUCUGACACAUGAAAGAACAAUGGAAGACCAUGAGCUGGUGAUUGAAGUGCUAUCUAACUGGGGAAUGGAAGAAGAAAAUAAACUAUACUUUAGAAAAAAUUAUGCCAAAUAUGAAUUCUUUAAAAACCCAAUGUAUUUUUUUCCAGAGCAUAUGGUGUCUUUUGCAACUGAAACCAAUGGUGAAAUAUCCCCCACACAGAUUUUGCAGAUGUUUCUGAGUUCAAGCACAUACCCUGAAAUCCAUGGCUUCUUACAUGCAAAAGAGCAGGGAAAGAAGUCCUGGAAAAAGAUUUACUUCCUUCUAAGAAGAUCUGGUUUAUAUUUUUCUACUAAAGGGACAUCAAAGGAACCCCGGCAUUUGCAGUUUUUCAGCGAAUUUGGCAAUAGUGAUAUUUAUGUGUCCCUGGCAGGCAAAAAAAAACACGGAGCACCGACUAACUAUGGAUUCUGCUUUAAGCCUAACAAAGCGGGAGGGCCCCGAGACCUGAAAAUGCUCUGUGCAGAAGAAGAGCAGAGUAGGACGUGCUGGGUGACCGCGAUUAGAUUGCUUAAGAUCCAUGGCUACCCAUAUUUCAUACAGACUAUCUCACUCUGUGCUGUCAAGAGCUUCAAGGAGGCCGAACUUAGACAGUAUGGCAUGCAGCUGUACCAGAAUUACAUGCAUCCCUAUCAAGGUAGAAGUGGCUGCAGUUCUCAGAGUGUCUCACCCAUGGUAAGGACCAUAUUUAUUAAUCUGUAUAUUUUAUAUUUACAUUACAUCAAUUUGCAAUAAUAUUGUAUUAUAAAUGUACAUUGCAGUACAUUUACAUACUUUCCUUCUGGUCAACUAAAGUAAGUCUUUGACACCAUCCUAACAUAAUGCUACUGAAUUAUUUAUUCUUGGAUUUCACAGGAUUGCAGCCUAUGUGAUCGAGUCACAGCAGUAGAGUAUCAUGAAGUAUUCGCUUAAAAUAGAUAAUGUCAUAUGUUAAAGAAAAUCUGUAAAUAUUUGAAAGUGUUAUGUGAAUCAUUCUGUGUCAUUACAACAUUUGAGGAUUAAAUUUUAAUAUAAUUUUUAGAAUGUUUUCCUUGGGAUUGUAGAUGUUUCCUUAAUUAUUGAUUUUGGUUGUGGGUUUAUUUUAAUAUUGAUUCUGGAAUUGUCAUAGCCUAGUAUAAACCAAAGCCAGUGGUUUGGAAUUCUAAAAGCUGCACUAUACACAGGUGAGCUCUUUUGCAUCCUGGGCUUCUAACAAUAAAAUUUUUUAAGGUCUAGGUCCUUGAAAAGCAAACUGCUCUUCAGGAAACCCAAAAACCGCAAGCCAAAAUAUAGCUUGUGCAUUACAUUAAAUCUAACACCACUUCUCAGAUUUAUACUAACUGUAACUUGAACGUUUAUUUUUGCAGAUACACACAGACGUAUCUUUUCCCUUCUUUAGAAUUUAAUUUUAAUUUAUUGUGCAUUAACACAAGAAAUUUAUUUCUGCACUUAAAAGUUUAUGUUCGGCUAUUUUUGCUCUUGCUCUCUAAUACUGAGUAUAUUAGGAAUUUGGGUGUAUGUGCCUGUGUUACAAAUCAGCUAACACGCAGCAUUUCCACUUAGGUUAAAAAUAUGCUCCUCAUGGCUGUGACCAAGGAAGGCGCAUUUCCCCACAUGUAAUGUAGCAGAUGAAAUGCUCAGUUCUAGGAAUGAGGCAUGAAAUAAUGUUGAUUACAAAGUCUGAUAGACUAAUAGGAAAAAAGAACACCAAUUCUGGAGUUACGUUGCUUUAGGUUAUGGAAGAGUAACUUUUCAUCUUUGUAUCAUAUUACUUUUAAGCCCUAAAAUAAGAAACUAAAGACUGGAAUGAAUUUUUAUAAAAGCAAUGGCUUUAGGUGCGUAUUUGUAUAAUUUGUCAGCUUACCUUUAUCUUUCAAUCCACAUGUAUAUAAAGAAUAAUGGAUUUUAUUAUCUUAAUCCUUUUCUAAAUCCUUCUAAAUUUCUUUUAGAGUCUAAAGUUAUUAGGAUGAGCAUGUUAAUAGCAGCCAUACGUUUGGAGGCAGUUGCCUAGUGUCCUCUUAAUCAUAGGGAAAAGAUGUCAUAAACAAAGUACUGUAUAGCCUCAUUGCUGUCGUUAGCAUAUAAGCUUGGUAUUAGUCUUGCCACUUUCCAUUGAAAGUGGCCCUAUUGUUGAUCACUAUGUACAUGGCAGUUUGGUUAGUGUGACUUUGCUUGUUCAGCACCAUGGAUAGGGAAAGACACUUCUUGAGUGAAUCUGGUUGGCAAUUUAGGGAUUUUGUAGGGGGCCUGUGUAGUAGGACCUGGCUGUCCUGUAUGGCAGUUGUCAAGAUCAAACAGAAUGGCUCUGGAGAAUUAUAUCGCCACUCUUCUUAACUUACAUGAAGGAAACUGAGAUAUUUGGGGAGGUAUUUAUGUUUACUUUGAUGUCUAUACAGAGUCCCACCUUUCUCGGUUAUCACAGAAGAACCAGUGACCUAUAUAAUGGAUGCCAGUGUUCCUCACCUGCGUCGGCUGGUUUUCUUCCAGACACUGUCUCCAGUGAGAAUCCUAGAAAACUGAGUAUACUUCAGUUAUAUAUUUUUAAAGGAACAAUAUUCUUAAUUUCUCCAGGGAUACAUUUUGAGAAGGGAAAUAAGAAAAAGACAUGUCUUCCACCACUAUAUACAGCACAUCAUGGCCACCCCUAUCUGCCUUUGAAAUGAGAAUUAUCAGCAGAUAUUUCAGGAAGCCAAAUAUGUGGUCCUUUUCAGCACAAAGGAGCAUGUGUUAGUAUGGCCCUUAUUGGAGAGAGGGGAUGGGGAAAACUAGUCUACUCAAGUCCUUAUUACUCCUCACUCUUGACCCUGAGCUAGACGUUGAAAACUGCACUUUCUUCCCUGUACCUCCCCCUCUGUGGUACAUAAAAGAACCUGGAAAGAGUCUAUCUGUCACUGCUUUUACCAUAAGCUGCCCAUGUGACCUUGGUUUAGUCACUGGUGUCCUGCAGUGUGAAACAAGGGGGACAGUUGCAUAAGUUCGGGGAUCGAUUACAUCUCUUAUGUCCUCUGACACCGUAUGAAGCAGAGAGAAUGAUAUCAGGAACUCCUGUGCCCUCUUGCUAAGGACCGUGCUGCAGGUUUAUCUACAUCUUUCAAAUGGGGUGACAGAGAGUGUUGGCUGCUCGUCGCCACCAACCUACACUACCUGAAAAACAUUUCGUGUCCAAAGCUCGCUAGGAGUGACUGGAUCUGAUCUCAGAGUGUGGCCUGGAGAAUCCAGGGUGCACCCAGGCCCCUUCUUUCUUGAAAAAAGAGGGAUGUCAUUAAAAUCAUGGACCCUUUUCCAGGGCUUGCCCUGUUCAUUCCACCAGAAGAAAGAGCUAGAAAAAGGGACCAAUAUUUGAGAAAUACACUGAUUCUGAAUGUUAUCAACAUUGCUUUCUUAUGUGAAAGAAAUUGAGCUGAAAAUGACCUUUUGAGUUCAAGUCAGAUUCCGCUUCACUUCUAUUUCUUUGUCCACCAAAGGUAAACUAUUAAUUUUUCAUCCACCACCUGCUAUUCAGUAGGAGCCAUUUGCUAUAUUCCUGUGUUUUCCCUGGUGUAGUUAAUGUAGCAAAUGAAAAUAUUUAUUUGUAUUGUAGACUCCCUACUAAUGUCAAGUAAUUAUGGAACAUGGGACCUCGUUUUACAUUCUAUCCUGUUGUGUAGUAGGCAAACAAAAACAACCAGUUAUGUUAAUUUUUCUUUCCUAACAGUAUUUUUAUGUUAUCAGGACCUUGUGAUUACGACGCCCAUCUUGGCAUGUGAAGUAGAGAUCUUAUAAGGACAAAGCUAUCAUUAUGAUUGAGAUUAGUUACUCUGUGGUUUGGACAGGUGAAGGCUUUUCAUUAGUGUCCACAAAGCAGCAGUGUUUCUGACUAGUCUCCAGCCCCGCACAGAAGAUCACGCGGGGAGAAGGGCAAACGAAGGUGUGACAGUAGAUAGAGAUUACAAGGACAGCAUCUUUCUGGAAAGAGCAGCUGUCUGUUACAAAGGCUCCUGUAACAAAUGAAAGAUUGCCUGCCGGAUCUCUGGAAAUACAGAUGAACCCUAAUAAGACUGUGGGCCACUACAGCAGGGUUUAAAGAGGAGAUAGCAAAUGCUAAUGACAUAGGAUGUAUGAUGCAGUGAUAAGUGAGCCCCCCAAUUUUUUUGCAUGGACGAGGUGUUCUUUUAAGCAUACAUUUGACUAGUCUUUUAGACCAAGCUAGGAAGGUCUGAAUCCAUGUGGAGAGAUAUGAAAUGGUCUUAAGCCACGAAUCUCCAGAGGCACACCAGCUCUUCCUUUACCAUUAGAACUCCAUUCUUGGUUUCGCUCCUCUAUUAAUGAGUGGGGAGUAAGUGUUAAACAUUGUCCAUUGCUGGUUUUGAAUGUUUUUUCCUUUGGGGGAGUGUUACUUUUUUUUUUUUUUUAAAGAUUUUUUAUUUAUUGAG